UUUAUGAAUAAGUCGGAUGAACCAACUUCCUCAUUGUGUACUUUCUCUUUAUAACACGGAUGUUAGUAGUAUAUGACCACAUGUACUGUAUUUUAUAACCCCCCUCUGACUAAUUCACAGAAUGCGGAUGUCAACAAUAUCAACUAACGUCGGAAGAUGAACAUGUGUGUUGUCGGUGUCUUAACAACACAGUGAUUUGAGCAUGAUCAUUUAAAUAUCCUUGUUCGAUAAGCAUCGACUUUGAGCAUGGGAGGGUCCCCCUCAUUUCCACGGGAGCCACUGAGUCCAGAAAAGGUGGUAAUCGUCACCGGUGGAAAUACAGGCAUCGGAUAUGAGACCGCAAAAUGGAUCGCGAUGAUGGGGGCACAUGUGAUCAUUGCGUGUAGAACCAAGGAACGGGCGUUGCAUGCAAUUACAAGGAUGGAAGCAGAUUUCGAGCAGGAGAAACAAAAAGGUACUUCCGGUCUAACAUCCGGGGAAUUGUCUGUGGAGUUAAUGGAGCUGGACCUGUCCUCGCUAAAAUCUACACAGAAGUUUAUCGAGGAAUUCAAGGCAUCAGGAAAACCGCUUCACGUUCUUAUCUGUAACGCUGGACUGGGGAUGCAUCCAUUAACUUAUACGGAAGACGGAAAUGAGUUGAUGUUUCAAGUGAAUUACCUAGCCCACUUUUUGAUCAUAGUAAAGCUACUGCCUAUCAUGUACAAAAGUGGGCCGGACUGCCGUAUAGUCCUGGUGGCCAGUAUGGCUCACAAGUGGACGUCCUUCCAUCUAGACCAAAUCCAGGCCAGGCAGCAAAACGAGGCUAACUUUGAUAGAGCCGAUUACUACUAUAAAUCAAAAUUGUAUCAAGUGAUGCAAAUGUACAGUUUGAAUCAACGGAUCAACCAAUCAAAUGUGACCGUGAACUCGUUACAUCCGGGUGUUGUCCACUCCGAGUUCACCCGAUCUUUUGAGGAUGACUGCACGUGGACAUGUACAUAUAACUGUGCAAAAUGCUUUGGGGUGUCCAUUUCGCCAUACAAGGGUGCUAUUACCAGUAUAGACGUCGCGGUGAACAGUAAACACAGUGGGGUGAGGGACGUUUACUUCGAUAAGUGUGCUCCAGCCAACCCUUCACCAGAGGCGACAAAUGUGGAGAAACAGGAACAACUUUGGAAGUUUAGUUUAGACUGCCUUAAAGAUUAUAUUACAGAGGAGGACUUGAAUAACUUAGUAGGGUUUUAGGUUGUAAAUGUUAUAUCCGGUAAAGACACACGCACUGACGCAGGGUCGGGUUGUGUGUGCAUCGUCAUGUUUUCUUUCCAAACUAUUUAUACCGUAGUCUUUUUUCUGCAACUAAUCAAUAAUGUAAACUCAGAUGGAGUUUUGGGCUGCGGGGGGUUCGUAAAGUCUGACGUAGACAUCAAUUUCUCAUUAGUUGAGGUGAAGCUGUACACAACACAUGGCAGCAUUAAGUACCAGACAGACUGUGCCCCCAACACCGGCUAUUAUCUGAUUCCUCUGUAUGAGAAGGCUGAUUUUAUUCUUAAAGUAGAACCCCCUAAAGGAUGGAGCUUUGAUCCAGAUAGUUACGACCUGAAGGUGGACGGGGAGACGGACAAAUGCAGUCGCGGGGAGGAUAUCAACUUUCGAUUCACCGGAUUCACUGUGUCCGGGAAGGUGAUCAGUAAGGGGCAGUCAGAUGGCCCAGCGGGAGUCACUGUGAACCUAUUUAAGGAGGGCACCACCUCUGUCCUUCAGACCACUACCACAGGAGAGGGAGGUGCCUACACCUUCUCCAAGGUCAUGCCCGGAGACUACUCGGUCCAGGCCACCUCUACAGGAUACAAGUUUUCUCAGAGUCAGGCCAAGUUUACAGUGAAGGCAGACAAUGUGAAUGUUGCCAGCUCUAUGGUCAUUUCUGGAUACCAAGUCACUGGGAGUGUUCAGAGUGAAGGCGAGGCCAUCAAGGGAGUUAACUUUAUCCUGUUCUCAAAACAGUUCAAAAAGGAGGAUAUUUCUGACUGCAAGAAGGACAUUCCGUCAAGUUUCACCCACUCCGAGUCUGUCUCUCCCCUGUGUUACGUCCUGUCCGGUGAGGAUGGAACCUUUGUGUUUCCUUCCCUGCCUGUGGGAGACUUCUUUAUUGUGCCAUUUUAUAAAGGAGAGCACAUUCGUUUUGAUGUAGCUCCUGGGAAAUUGGACUUCCAUGUGCCUCAUAGUCCCUUUACUAUUCCUGAGGUGUUCCAGGUGAAAGGAUUCUCUGUGACUGGAAGAGUUCUAGAGGCAGCUAAGGGCAGUGGGGUUGGAGGAGCAAAGGUUUUGAUUGAUGGCAAACAGCAGACGACAACUGGUCCGGAUGGGAUGUACCACCUGGAAAAUAUGAAGACUGGAACAUACCGGAUCCAAGUCCAGAAGGAACACAUGUCCUUUGAUGAGAUUACAGUCAAAAUUACUCCCAAUACCCCCCAGAUACAGGACAUUAUAGCAUCAGGGUUUGAUAUGUGUGGUCAGAUUGUCAUUGGGAAGCUCCCCGACAGUGUCCAGGGGUCAGCUAACAGACGGGUCAUCUAUUACCCCCAGGGGAAGGGCUCUGAUGCCGAGUCAGUCUCCACUGGCAAUGACAACAAAUUCUGUGCCAAGGUCAAACCAGGCAAAUAUGUUGUCAAGAUUCACCUGACGGAUGAGGAGAUUAAGGCUGGACUGCAGCUAGUACCCAGUGAGAAGGAGGUCACGGUACAGAACGCCCCGGUCAUGGACAUCACUUUCUCACAAUUCAGAGCCAAGCUGUCGGGAUCCAUCAAAUGUUUAGAGAAGUGUGGAGGAAUGGAGGUGUCCCUGAGUCCUGUCAACAGAGGGGACAAGAAACAAAUCACUCAGGCCAAGGAAGGUGCAAAGGGCACAGUGUUUCAGUUUGAGAAUGUUCUGCCUGGGAAAUACAAAGUGACCCUCCUCCAUGACACCUGGUGCUGGAAGGACAAGACCCUGGAGGUCGAGGUCAAGAGCAGUGACGUUGCCGACGUAGACUUCACCCAGACUGGCUACAUCCUCAAGUGUACCAUCUCCCACGAAAUCAAACUGCACUUUGCUCAUAACAAGAAAAGUGGAUCCGUUGGCUCCUUUGAUUUGAACAAGGGCACAAACCGGUUCUGUCUGGCCCAGCCUGGUGUAUACAAGUUGAGACCAGACUCCUGCCACAAGUUUGAAAAAGAGGAAUACAUAUAUGACACAGGAAGCCCAGAGUUACUAGCCCUGACAGCUGUGUCGCAUCUUGUAGAGGGCAGCGUGACAGCAGAGGAGAAAGUUAACGACAUCAAGAUAGAUGUUACGUCGAGCCUGAACACAGAGACAGUCACACUGGGCCCCCUCACUGUCACAGAGGAAAUCAAGGGAGCCUUUGUCUACAAGUUCCAACACUGGGCCAAAUCCAAUGAGAAAGUGGUGUUUUCCGUGAAAUCAAACGAGCUCCUGUUUAGCCCAGCCUCUGUUGAGGUCACAAUUGUUGGAGACACUUGUCCUGGGGAGGCGGUGAAGUUUGUGGGGAGGAGGGGAAUCUUCAUCACAGGAAGUAUCAAACCUAAACUAGCUGGGGUCAAGGUCACAGUCACUCACAAAGAUGGAACAGCUGACCCUAUUGUCAUAGAAACACCUGACUCAGGAGAGUUCAAAAUUGGCCCACUGCACAGGGAAAAGCAAUAUGAAGUAGCAGCCGAGAAACCAGGCUAUGUGUUGGAGAAGGAGAAGGAAGACCCUCUGCUGUUCUCAGCAUUCAAACUCGGUGAAAUCUCUGUACAGGUUGUGGAUGAAGAAAACAAGCCCUUGUCUGACGUCCUGCUGUCACUGAGUGGAGGCAAGCAGUACCGCAGUAACAACGUCACCGGGGUCAACGGAUCCAUCGUGUUUAUUGGCCUGAGUCCUGGUCAGUACUACCUUCGGCCAAUGAUGAAGGAGUACCAGUUCCAGCCCAACUCCCAGAUGAUUGAUGUGUUGGAGGGAGGGACCAAGAAGAUCAGCAUCAAGGGGGUCAGGGUGGCCUACAGUUGCUAUGGUUCGGUGACCUCCCUGAACGGUGAGGUGGAACAGGGGGUGAUCGUGGAGGCUGUGGGGGACAGACCCGAGUGUAACCAGGAGGAGAGUAAGACUGAGGCGGACGGCUCCUACAGGAUCAGGGGGCUACAGCCUAAAUGUACUUAUCAGAUUCGAUUGAAAUCGGAGGUUAACCCCCACAUAGAGAAGUCAGCCCCUCAGUUCCACGAAUUAGUGGUGAAGGACUCUGAUUUCACUGGCAUCAACAUUAUUGCUUUCCGUCGAAACAACCAAAUGGACAUCAGUGGAAAUGUGGUCACUCCGGAGGAAUUCCUCCAGCACCUCAAGGUGCGCUUGUACCGAGAUGACAACCCAGAUUCUCCCAUCCACACUGCCAGUCUGGGCCCAGUAUCCUUCUUUUAUCUACCUUCACUGCAGAUGACUAAUGAGAAAUACUUGCUUCGUCUGGAGAGCACCCUGUCUAAGGCAUCCUACGAGUACGAACUCCCGGAGAUCAGCUUCCAGACUAACAAGUCCUACAAACACUUUACAUUCCAGUUUACUCCUAAGAGGAAAUCCUUGGAACAGGAGCUGAACCAGGGUUCUGUGCUGGCCCUUCCUCUAGCCAUACUUGUAGGCGUGGCUAUCUAUAACUACCAAAAGUUGUUACCUGUGCUGUCCAAAGCUGCCAUUCAGGCGAAGACUUUUCUAGCUGCCAGUCAGGCGGAGGUUGCCGCUAGUAACGGGUCGAGUGAGCCAUCUACAUACUCCGCUAGUUUCACAGAACCGUCUAAAAAGAAAAAUAAACCCCGGAAAACAUGAUGUUUAUUGAGAGUUUAGAAUGUAUGUGAGCUUUGUGGUUUGUGAGACGUGUGCAAUUUUUUUUUUUUUUUUUAAAUCGUCAUGGUGACGAACUUUAGAGUCUGAUUGUUUUGGAACAAAUUUUACUGAUUUAAGGAGGCCGAUUUGGGUUUUUUUGCGGAAAAACUACAAUAGCAUAACUCUUUAUUUUUUAACCAUAUGUAAUUCAAACCAACUCUAGUUUAUUUGCGAAGGUUCAAGAAAAUCGACUGUCUGGUUCUUUUAAGGGACCAUCUCAAAAUAGAGGUACAUUUACUAUAGGAAUAUAUAGGAAACUGUCAUUUUCCGCACAUCAAAGCAGUUUAAAAUAAAUACUACAAUAGCUUUUUUUCUCAAAUUGUUAUAUAUGAUUAGUAAUAUCAUUUCCUACCUUAUAUGUAAAAAACACAAAAUUCUACCGUCUGGUUUUUAGUGGGGGCCAUCUCAAAAUAUUAAAACGCACCAAAUUUUGCUAAAUAUUUGGAUCAUCACGAAUGAUGAUUGGUACAAUGGAUUCAUUCCAAAAAUGAGGAAAACAGCUUACAAUUUUUACUUUUUCUUUUAUGUUGUUUCUUAUAACGUACUCCUACAAAGCAUCAUUUUAUCAUAAGGUCAUAAAAGCGAAAUGGCAAUGCUCCCCUACCGCACAACGUAAAAAACGUGUUUAAAAUAAAAAUUUCCUUUAAAAAUCUAAAUAUUUUUAUCUGCAUUUUGUUUAUUGUGUUCAAUUUUAUAAAUGAUAUCGAAAAUAAUUCAUGAGAAGUAUAAAUCAACUGUAUUAUAUUAGAAUGCGCAAUAACAUGCGCAAUGCAAACUAAAGUCGGCCUCCUUAAAGAUUAGGCAAAGUUUUCAUUUCAUUAAAUAAAUUAUUUACUUAUCAUUAUGCCUGAAAAAUCAUUUGUUUUUUAACAGGAAACCUGAGCAAUAUCUGAAGACUCAAUAACAUUUGUGCCCAUUUUAUCACCAAUCCCAACACCCAUUAUUUUUUCCCUGUAUCAUGAACAGUUUUUGAAUAUUGUUUAGCGAGUACCCCAAUGUUGUGCAAGAAUUUUACAGUGCAAUUCUUUUGUUCAAACUUGUUGUUAGAAUAUCUAUGGGUCAGUGUGAUGUUUUUGUUAGUGAAUGAUGUUAUAUACUGGUAGUCUGGAAUUGUGAGCAUGAAAGAUGGGACAUGACAAGUUAUCAACCUUGUGAAGUGAAAGUGUGUACUACAAUCUUAAAUUUCAAGUUUUGAAUGUAGAAUUUUUUAGUGUGAGGUAUAUUUUUUUUUAACAUUGGUGAGAGAAACAUUUGUGCUAUCUGCCUGUGAACAUUUUGUGUGGUAAGACACUUCUUCAUAUGCACAAUUUAGAAAAAAAACCAGUUAUAUUAGAGAAAUACAUUGUUACAAUUGAUUUCAAAAUCGACUCUUAGAAAAAGCAUUUUAAUACAAAUGUAAUAGAAUUUGAUUACAAAAGAAAAUGUCCUAAACAGGUAAUUUUUAUACAUUAUGAAAAUCAUUUUUCUUUUUAUUGAAAACAAACAAAAUUAAAUGCACUUCAGCAUUUUAAAACUGCUAAUCAUGCUAUACUUAUGAUACAGAACAGCUUCCUGAUCAGUAAUUAGUGAUUUCAAGUGAUUUUCAAGGAUGGAAGUCAAACUUAAAAAAACAGAUCAAAUUGAGGGGGCAAGAUUAUGUAACAGUGCUUGAUCUAGAAUGUGUGAGCUUUGAGUGAUACAUGUGUGGCAGAUGUAUUAGAUCAUUGACUGAACGUAUAUCUACUUUGUAUUUAUAUUGAUUUUUUUUUUUUUUGGGGGGGGGGGGGGGGGGGAUGGGGUGUGAGGGGUUACUGCUACUUCAUUUAAAGAUGCAUUAUUCAGAAACUUGAAAAUUCUGUAUUUAGAUGUCUAACUUCAUUUUCUUCAUUUAUUUACUUUUUGUAAUUGUCAGAUUUUGUCUUAAUAUAUAAUACAACUUUAUACAUCA